AUGGGUUCAAGAGGAACAAACAUAUUGCUAUCAAGGGCAAGUAGGAUCAAAUCAAAGCUUCAAUCGGUGCUUGAGGCCAAGAUUUUGGAAGUUGAAGAUGUUUCAUAUCAGCAUGCGGGCCAUGCUGCUGUUAAGGACAAUGCAAAUGAAACACAUUUUAAUGUGAAAGUUGUUUCCGGUAAAUUUGAUGGACAGAAUCUUGUGAAGCGCCACCGUAUGGUUUAUGAUGCACUUGCGGAUGAGCUUGAAUCUGGUUUGCAUGCACUUUCCAUUGUUGCAAAGACUCCUAAAGAAGCUGGACUUUGA